AUGUCGAUGUGUUCAGGUACAGGUUCGUGGAAAGCCUACGGGAAGAUAGAUGAAGCUGAACAAGAGAGACUGGAAGCUCGUCGGAAAUUUAGAAAGAGAAUUGUCAUCAUAAGCUUGUCGUCAAUCGUUCUUGUCGCCGUCAUCGUUGGGGUUGGGAUCGGAAUUGCUUCUCGUGCGCGUGCCUCAUCCUCUGGUAACUCAGGCAGCAGUGGUGGAGCUGCUCAAUCAAUUUCGGAUUCCAUCAAGGCGGCAUGUAAAGUGACCUUAUACCCGGAUUCUUGUUACACCAGCCUCUAUGCCAUGGUAACCAAUUCCAGUCACUUCGACGGCCAAAAUCUGGCCAAGUUAUCCAUUCAAGUCGCCUUGACCGAACUAUCCAAAGUGUCGGACCAAGUAUCGCAGCUCCAAUCCCAAGGCACACUUGACCAGAUUUCCGCAGCGGCUCUUGAGAACUGUAUCGAACUUGUGGAUCUGGCCAUCCAUCACCUCAAUGACACAUUGUACAGCUCCAAUUGGGAUAAACUCACGAUGCUUAAAGCGGUAGAUGAUCUGAGGACAUGGUUGAGUGCAGCUGGGACGUCCCAACAGACUUGCCUUGACGGCUUGGAGAAUUCAUCGCAGGAAUUGCAGGCCACCGUGGCACGCUAUACCGUAAACUCCACUGAAUUCAUCAGCAAUAGCCUCGCCCUUGUUACCGCAAUAUCCAACAUCGCCACCUCCAUCAAUCUGCGACGACGUCGUUUGAUGAGUAGUGAUCGUGAUGAGCUCCCAAUGCCGAUGUGGCUCACUUCCAAGGAUCGAAAGCUACUCCAAAGUAAUAGCAGCACGGCAGCUAAUGUGGUAUUGGUUGUGGCUAAAGAUGGUUCCGGUAACUACACCACAAUUGGCGCGGCACUUAAGGCGGCGCCGGAGCAGAGCAGCAAUAGGAUUUUAAUACAUGUGAAGAAGGGUGUCUACACCGAGAAAGUUAUUGUCGACAAGUCCAAAUGGAAUGUAAUGAUGGUCGGUGAUGGCAUGAACGUUACCGUCGUUUCCGGUAGCCUCAAUGUUGUCGACGGCACCCCCACAUUCUCAAGUGCUACAAUUGCUGUGUUCGGGAAAGGAUUCAUAGCAAGAGAUAUAGGAUUCAGGAAUACAGCAGGUGCAAUCAAGCAACAAGCAGUUGCCCUUUUAUCAGCAGCAGACGAGUCAGUGUUCUACAGGUGCCGCAUCGACGCAUUCCAAGACACUCUCUAUGCUCAUUCACUUCGCCAAUUCUAUCGGGAAUGCGAUAUUUAUGGGACAGUAGACUUCAUCUUUGGAAAUGCAGCAGUGGUGUUCCAGAAUUGUAAUAUAUGGGCGAGGGUACCAUUAACUGGCCAACAGAACACCAUUACAGCCCAAGGGAAAUCUGAUCCCAAUCAAAACACUGGAAUCUCCAUACACAAUUGCACCAUAUCCCCAGCAGGAAACUUGGCAUCCGUUAACAGUUAUCUUGGAAGGCCUUGGAAGAAUUACUCAACCACCGUAUACAUGCGUUCAACAAUGGGAAGCUUCAUUAAUCCUGCUGGGUGGCUAUCAUGGAUGGGGAAUUCACCUCCCAACACUAUCUUCUACGCUGAGUUUAGAAACUCCGGCCCCGGAUCUUCAACAAAGAAUAGGGUUAAGUGGAAGGGGUUGAGAAAACUCACCCUUCCUCAAGCAAGACAGUUUACUGUUGGCUCACUUAUCCAAGGAAACGAUUGGCUCCCACAGGUCAGUGUGACCUACCAAUCUGGUAUGUAA